CUUCUUGUUCAUUUUACUCUUAUGGUAGUUUCUCAAGUUGUGAAUACGAAAAGGAAAUUCAUACUAUCUCUUAUUUUUCCGCAAAGGAGGCAAUUUCUAGGAGAGUCAAAUGAUCAACGCUCAAAUUUUCGGAUGCUUACUCGUAUUUUUGCCACGCGGCAGAAAUUUCAUUUUUAGCAGAUCAAUCUGACAGAACCAUAUUCCUUCUUCACGUAUUUUUAUUUUAUUUGCAAGAAAGGAUAGUAUGAUGCGCCACUGCUUCUUGUCUUGUACGUCGAUCGCUCGGUGGAACGAGCCUAUCCCAUGACGUAUAUACGGUGUUUUUGAGGUGGGAUAAAGCUUGUAAACGGUUAUGGAUACAACCAUGGGAGAACCACAGAGUACAGGAGCACGUUGGGUGUGUCCAAAUGAUCGGCAUUUAGCAUUAAGAGCUAAAUUGCGAACAGGCUGGUCAGUGAAAACUGGAUAUUUAGACUCCGGAUGGGACAAUUAUUCUAAUGUUGGUAGUGCCAACCGUACAGAGCAAUCUUUCGUAUUAACAGAAGAAGAACGACGUACAAUCAUACAAGUAAUUCAAAGAGCGGAGGCGUUGGACUUAUCGGAGCAGAAACGCAUUGGCAGGCUGGUUGAGAGAUUGGAGGACAUGAAGCGCAACGUUCGCAUAAUCACUUCCAGUCGAUCGGACGAGCGAAAAAAUUGCGGUAGCCGAUGUUCCAAUGGCUCGCACUGCGUCUGCUCCUGUGCUUUAUGUGGCGAAAAGUUUGGUGCUGUAUUAGGAGCUACACCAACCUUUUGCAAAGACUGUAGGAAAUAUGUUUGCCAAAAAUGUGGCAGAGAGGCUGGUACGUCGAAUGUACUAGGUUCUACUACCACUACAGAAGUUCUAUCCUCGACUACAUGCAACUCGUUCACAAAUGAAUCGAUACCAAAGAGGACCGCAAUACAACGAAUCGUACAGAGGACCUCGAACAAUUCGCAAAAGAUUUUUCUUUGUCGCAUUUGUGCCGAGAGCAGGGAGAUUUGGAAAAAAAGUGGAGCUUGGUUCUUCAAAGGAAUGCCGAAACAUGACCUUCCGAAGAAAAAAGAACGUGAUUGGUCUCGGGUGGGUCAAAGAACGCUAGGCCAAUCGUCUUGUAAAAUCAUCAGUGUUUGUAAAUCGUUGGAAUCAAACGAAGCUCAGGACUCCUCAUCGGACGAGGAGGCAACAAAACGUUUGAUUGGUGCACGUAGCUGCUAUUCCUCUUCCCGAGCUUGCAGGGUAUCCAAGACAUCAAUGGUAUAUCCAAACAACACGUCUUAUGAUGCUCAAACGCCAAAUGGAUUUUUUAAAGUUAAAAGUCGAUCAAAUGGCUAUUCGUCACCUACAGGCCAUCGAGAUGAGAGUUCUUCCACGACGACAACGAAUAGGUUGGACAAAUUUUCAAUACAUUCACAGUACAGUCGUCUCUCAUCAGCGGCAACCUUACGAACCUCUCGUACGAACGAAAAAAGUACAUGUGAUCAACGUGGCGGCAGUUCCCUCGAUGAUAAUGCGUCGACUGAGGAAAUAAGAUUAGAAGAUAACGGUGACGAGCAGUCUGAUCUCAUCGACGAUUCUCUCGGUUCUAGUGAUCAGUGUAAGAGUUCUCAGGUACAAUCAGUCAGACGAAACUCACUGUCGACUUCGCCACCAAGCACUCUGAUGGAACGGAUUUUGGAGGAGUCUUGGAUGCACGAAAAAAAUGCGGAAUACGAGGCGAAUUGCGCCAAUCAGAUGAACGAUGCGCCUAUCAGCACGUGGUACGUGCAUCACUCGUCGAGGCAACAAACAUCGGAUUAUCUCGAAAUGAUGAGAUCCAAAACGGAGGAAGGUUUUGGAAUUCUGGAAAUCUCCUUGCUAUACGACCCAGUGGCUCAGUGCCUCCAGUGCAAAGUGGAACGAGCGUUGGGAUUAAAGCCUAUGGACAUCCACGAUCUCGCCGAUCCAUUUUGCAAAAUCACCAUACUGCCAGUGGGAAUGGGUACAAAUAUCAAGCCCAUAAGAACGAAAACUGUUCACAAGACACGAGAUCCUGUGUUCAACGAGACAGUGAACUUCUACGUAUCGAGAGAUGCCGAUAUGAAGAGUGGCAGAGCCUUACAUGUCAUGAUACUUCAAGACGAUCCGUGGGGAGAAGACUUUCUAGGGGAGGCGAGAUUUCCCCUGUACGAACUAGAACCGUUCCAGACGAAGCACUACAAAAUCAAUCUACAAAAUCAUUAUCCGGUGAGUCGCGAAGAAGAGGCUUGGGGUCUUCAUCGAGGCAAUCGAGGUCAAGUACAACUCACUCUAAGUUACUGUACCCGUCGACGUGCCCUGCUAGUUAUUAUUCAUCAAGCUAUGAAUCUUUUACCCAUGGACAACAACGGGUUUUCUGACCCUUUUCUAAAGCUGUGCCUUGUAGAGAAUGUGAUCGACAAUCGAUGGCAACGAGGUCACGAUCCUCUCGGGCGCAACAGCGUGAAGAAACAAUCCAGCAAGAAGUUAAUCACAGGUCGCAGCUCGUACAGCACGAGCGUCAAGUGGAAAACACUCAACCCAGAGUGGAACGAAGAGUUCAUUUUUGGGAUUCGAUUAACAGACCUCAUGAAAGUCACGUUAUGCCUCUCUAUGUGGGACAAGGAUUUCGGCAAGCGUAAUGAUUAUCUAGGAGGGCUUGUAUUAGGAUGCAAUAGUAAAGGAGCACGAUUGCGACAUUGGGUAGAUGUUAUCAAAUUUCCCGAUUAUCAGCAUCCUGCUUGGCACAAUUUAACGGAAGUUCUUAUGCCAAUAGAGUAAUAUUUUUCAAUGGCAUAAAUAUAUGAAAUAUGUAGAAAAGUCGGAAAUACUGAUCUCAAUGUUGACAUGUUAAAGAGGCAAUAUAAGGCAAAAGUUACGUCAAUAGAUAUUGCCUAAGGAACUAAUGUCUAUACUGCACAUUAUUACUCAUAUUAAAAUAUGAAAAUAAGUAUAAGAAGGAUAAUUAUAGUCAGUUUAAUUUGUUAUU